AUGCCUGUUCCCUGGCUCCUGCUGACCUUGGCACUGGGCCGAAGCCCCAGGGUCCUCUCGCUGGAGAGGGGUGUGGGCCUUCAAAGCACUGCCCACUGCUCCGCGGGCCUCUCCUGCCGACUCUGGGAUGGCGAAGGGCUCUGCCUGCUGGGGACUGGGACUGUUGAACCUGCCCCCGGCCCUGUGCUGGAACCUAGUCGCCUGCAGACAGAGCUGGUGCUGAGGUGCCACGAGGAGGAGGCUGACUGUGACCUCUGUCUGCGCAUGGACAUCCAUUUAGCGGUGCAUGGGCAUUGGGAAGAGCCUGAAGAUAAAGAAUUGGAAGGAGCAGCCAACCCAGAGGCUGGCGAGGCUGGCAAGGCUGGCAAUGCCGCGCUGCAGUCCCACCUCCUGCUGUCCUUCCAGGACCACCCUUCUGCUGGCUGCUUCCUGCUGGAGGUGCAAGUGCCUGCCUCCCGCGUCCGGUCUGGUCUGUCUGCGGGCUCCGUGAUGUUUGACUGUUUUGAGGCCGCCCUGGGGGGUGAAGUGCAAAUUUGGUCCUAUACUCAGCCCAGAUACCAGAAGGAACCCAACCUCACCCAGGCGAUGCCUGCUGCUCUGCCCUGGCUGAGCCCGUCUGCCGACAGCAAAGACAGGCGCCUGGUGCUGGAUAUCUCAGAGGGGCAACACUUUGGCAUCUCCCUGUACUGGGACCAGGACUGGGCCCCCCCAGAGCCCAAGUGGCAAGCAAACCUGACGGGGCCACAAAACUUCACGCUGAACCACAGAGUACUGGUUCCUUGCCUCUGUGUUCAGGUGUGGCUCCUGGAGCUGGAUGCCAAGAGGACCAACCACUGCCCCUUCCAAAAGGACCCCCGUGCACAUUGGAACCUGUGGCGUGCUGCUCAGCUGCAGCUGCUGCCACCCCUGGGGUGGCGGCUGGUGGCACCCUGCCCGCUGUUUGCUGAGGUGGUGUUGUGCUGGAGGGCACCAGGUGGGACCCCCUGCCAGCCGCUGGUUCCGCAACUGUCCUGGAAAAACAUCACAGUGAAAGAGCUCCUCAGGUUCCCCUUGCUGAAAGGUCACCCCAACCUCUGCGUCCAGGUGAGCAACUGGGAGAAACUACAGCUGGAAGACUGCUUGUGGGCUGACUCCCUGGGUCCCCCCAAGGAUGACGUGCUGUUGGUGGAGAAACGAGGCUCCCAGGACAACAGAUCCUUCUGUGCCUUGGAAGCCAGUGGUUGCACUCCGCUUCCUAGCAGGACCUCCACGCGGGCAGCUCGCCAUGGAGAGCAGCUCCUUUGGGAUCUGCAGUCAGGUCUGUGUGAACAGCUCUGGAAUGACACACUGGGAGCGCUGUGGGCCUGCUCCAUGGACAAGUACAUCCACAAGCGCUGGGUCCUGGUGUGGCUGGCCUGCCUUCUCACUGCCGCUACUCUGCUGCUACUUUUGCUUCUCAAAAAGAACCAGGUGAAAGAGGCCACGCGGGGCCGCCGGGCUCUUCUCCUCUACUCCCCCGACAACGCCAGCUGCGAGCGCCUGGUGGGCGUCCUGGCGUCGGCGCUGUGCCGGCUGCCGCUGCGCGUGACCGUGGACUUGUGGAGCCGCCGUGAGCUGAGCACGCAGGGCCCCCUGGCUUGGUUCCACUCGCAGCGGCGCCAGACCCUGCAGGAGGGUGGCGUGGUGGUCCUGCUUUUCUCACCCGGGGCCGUGGCGCUGUGCAGCGAGUGGUUGCAGGACGCGGCCUCCGCGCCCGGGGCGCACACGCCGAACGACGCCUUUGCCGCCUCGCUCAGCUGCGUGCUGCCAGACUUCUUGCAGGGUCGGGCGCCCGGCCGCUACGUCGGGGCCUGCUUCGACCGGCUGCUACCCGUGGCCGCCGUGCCCGCCCUUUUCCGUUCCGUGCCCAUCUACUCGCUGCCCGCGCAGCUGCCUGACUUCCUGGAGGCCCUGCGGGGAUCUGACGGCCCCCGGACGGGGCGCCGCCGGGAGAGGACGGAGCCCGUGGCCCGGGCCCUGCAGCACGCCCUGGACAGCUGCUUCCCGCCCUUGGCAGGCCCGGGGCUCGAUAGAAGAUAGGAUGAGCCUCGGGGCCCAGGAUAGGACUUGAAUAAAG